CGCGCAGUGCGCGCGGCGUCUGGCUCCUCGGAGCGGGGCUCUCCCGGCUCCACGUCCCUCCGCAGCCUCCCCCGCCUCCCGCGCUCGCUCGCUCCCGCCCGCUCGCCGCCUCCCCCACCUUCGCGGCGCCGGAGGAAGGCGGCCGGGGCUCAAGAUGGCUUUAGCCGGGCUCUGCGUCCUGCUCGCCUGCUGCUGGGGGCCGGCGGCGGUGCUGGCCACGGCCGCCGGCGACGUGGACCCAUCCAAGGAGCUGGAGUGCAAGCUCAAGAGCAUCACGGUGUCGGCGCUGCCCUUCCUGCGCGAGAACGACCUGAGCAUCAUGCACAGCCCCUCGGCCUCCGAGCCCAAGCUCCUCUUCUCGGUGCGCAACGACUUCCCGGGAGAAAUGGUCGUGGUGGACGACCUGGAAAACACGGAGCUGCCCUACUUCGUGCUGGAGAUCUCAGGGAACACGGAGGACAUCCCUCUGGUGCGCUGGAGACAGCAAUGGCUGGAGAAUGGCACUUUGCUUUUUCACAUUCAUCACCAAGAUGGUGCCCCCAGUCUCCCUGGACAAGACCCAACGGAAGAACCCCAGCAUGAGUCAGCAGAAGAGGAACUGAGGAUCCUGCACAUCUCAGUCAUGGUAAGCUGCAUGGCUUCAGCCUCUCGGGCCAUAGCUGAUGUUAUUCUGACCAGCUUUCCUUGCUCGCACUUUCUUUUGGCCUUUUCUCUGAAAGAAUUUGCCUUGACUUUUCCUUCUGCAGGAAGCGACAAUGCCAAGCUAUCGCUGAUGAACAAGUACAAGGAUAACAUCAUUGCCACCAGCCCCGUGGACUCCAACCACCAGCAGGCCACUCUGCUCUCGCACACCUCCAGCAGCCAGAGAAAGCGGAUCAACAACAAGGCAAGAGCUGGUUCCGCCUUCCUGAACCCUGAAGGAGAUUCUGGCCCCGAGACAGAAAACGACCCCCAGCUGACCUUCUACACCGACCCCUCGCGGAGCCGGAGGCGCAGCAGAGUGGGCUCUCCCCGAAGUCCUGUGAAUAAGACCACCUUGACGCUGAUCAGCAUCACCAGCUGUGUGAUCGGCCUCGUGUGCGCCUCCCAUGUCAGCUGCCCCCUCGUUGUCAAAAUCACCCUGCACGUCCCCGAGCACCUGAUCGCCGAUGGGAGCCGCUUCAUCCUGCUGGAGGGGAGCCAGCUGGAUGCCAGUGACUGGCUGAACCCAGCUCAAGUGGUGCUCUUCUCUCAGCAGAACUCCAGUGGGCCCUGGGCCAUGGACCUCUGUGCCCGGCGGCUCCUAGACCCCUGUGAACACCAAUGUGACCCCGAAACUGGGGAAUGCCUCUGCUACGAAGGUUACAUGAAGGAUCCAGUACACAAGCACCUUUGCAUUCGGAAUGAAUGGGGCACAAACCAGGGGCCUUGGCCUUACACAAUAUUUCAGCGGGGCUUUGACCUGGUUUUGGGAGAACAGCCUUCUGAUAAAAUAUUCAGAUUCACCUACACCCUUGGGGAGGGCAUGUGGCUGCCCCUCAGCAAGAGUUUUGUGAUCCCACCGGCUGAACUGGCCAUUAACCCUUCCGCGAAGUGUAAGACGGACAUGACAGUGAUGGAGGACGCUGUGGAGGUCAGAGAGGAGCUGAUGACCUCGUCCUCCUUUGACAGCCUGGAGGUUCUGCUGGAUUCCUUUGGGCCAGUGCGGGAUUGCAGCAAGGAUAACGGGGGCUGCAGUAAGAACUUCCGCUGCAUCUCAGACCGCAAGCUGGACUCCAGUGGUUGCGUGUGCCCGUCCGGACUGAGCCCCAUGAAGGACAGCUCUGGCUGCUAUGACCGCCACAUUGGGGUGGACUGCUCAGACGGCUUCAACGGCGGCUGCGAGCAGCUGUGUCUCCAGCAGAUGGCGCCCUUCCCGGACGACCCCGCCUUGUACAACAUCCUCAUGUUCUGUGGGUGCAUCGAGGAUUACAAGCUCGGUUUGGAUGGUCGCUCUUGCCAACUCAUCGUGGAGACCUGCCCGGAGGGAGGAGACUGUGGGGAAAGCAGGGAGGUUCCCAUGAACCAGACCCUCUUUGGGGAGAUGUUCUUUGGUUAUAACAACCAUUCCAAGGAAGUGGCUGCAGGACAAGUGCUGAAAGGAACAUUCAGGCAAAACAACUUUGCUCGAGGUUUAGACCAGCAACUGCCAGAUGGUCUUGUGGUGGCCACUGUCCCCCUGGAGAAUCAGUGCCUGGAGGAAAUCUCGGAGCCCACCCCCGACCCCGAGUUCCUGACUGGAAUGGUGAACUUCAGUGAGGUGUCUGGAUACCCCGUGUUGCAGCACUGGAAGGUCCGGUCUGUGAUGUACCACAUCAAACUCAACCAAGUGGCCGUCUCUCAGGCCCUCAGCAAUGCGCUCCACUCCCUGGACGGGGCUACAUCGCGUGGGGAUUUUGUGGCCUUGUUGGACCAGUUUGGCAACCAUUACAUCCAGGAAGCUAUCUAUGGCUUUGAGGAGUCCUGUUCCAUCUGGUACCCAAACAAGCAGGUGCAGCGGCGACUCUGGCUGGAAUAUGAGGACAUCAGCAAAGGCAACUCCCCAUCUGAUGAGUCGGAGGAGCGGGAAAGAGACCCCAAGGUGCUCACGUUCCCAGAAUACAUCGCCAGCCUGUCAGAGACUGGCACCAAGCGCAUGGCUGCUGGAGUCCGCAUGGAAUGCCAGAGCAAAGGACGAUGCCCCUCAUCCUGCCCCCUGUGUCAUGUGACAUCCAGCCCUGACACUCCUGCUGAGCCAGUUCUACUGGAGGUGACCAGAGCAGCCCCCAUCUAUGAACUGGUGACCAACAACCAGACACAGAGGCUCUUGCAGGAGGCCACCAUGAGCUCACUCUGGUGCUCAGGGACUGGAGAUGUCAUCGAGGACUGGUGUCGAUGCGACUCCACGGCUUUUGGAGCAGAUGGACUUCCCACCUGUGCACCUCUCCCACAGCCUGUGUAUGACUCCCCUUCUCUGCCUCUGUUUAUCAUCAGGUGGACACAAGAUCCAACCAUUGGUGUCUUAGGGUUGAUUUUCUUUCUAAACCUGCGUUUACUCACUGUUUCUCACGGCCUUUUCCAUUCCUCCCCCCCCACCCCCCCACCCGGGGCAGAAACGGUGCUGAGCUUUGUGGACGACAUCAUCUCUGGAGCAAAGUCUCCUUGUGCCAUGCCCGCUCGGGUACCAGACAAGCAGCUCACCACUAUCUCUCUGAUCGUUCGAUGCCUGGAACCGGACACCAUCUACAUGUUCACCCUGUGGGGAGUGGACAACACCGGACGGCGCUCCAGGCCCAGCGAUGUGAUUGUGAAGACCCCCUGCCCCGUGGUGGAUGAUGUCAAGGCCCAGGAAAUAGCAGACAAGAUCUACAAUCUCUUCAAUGGCUAUACCAGUGGGAAGGAGCAACAGACGGCCUAUAACACCCUCCUGGAUCUGGGUUCCCCCACCCUACAUCGAGUCCUCUACCACUAUAACCAGCACUAUGAGAGUUUUGGAGAAUUCACCUGGCGGUGUGAGGAUGAAUUAGGCCCCAGGAAAGCUGGCCUCAUCCUUUCCCAGCUGGGGGAUCUCAGCAGUUGGUGCAAUGGCCUCCUUCAGGAACCCAAGAUAAGCUUGCGACGAGGCUCCCUUAAGUACCUGGGCUGCCGCUACAGCGAGAUCAAGCCCUAUGGACUCGACUGGUCAGAGCUCAGCCGGGACCUCAGGAAGACAUGUGAGGAGCAGACCCUGAGCGUCCCUUACAACGACUAUGGGGACAGCAAAGACAUCUAACGCCACGAGGCCAGACGGUGGCUGCCAAAAGGAAGCAGGAAGCGAGGAGAGGAACAUCUGGGUUGGUCUGUGGAUUUUUAGUAUUUUUUAAUGGAACAUUAAAACCUCUAAACCAGGGAGAGGCAAUAUCUAAACCAGGGAGAAACUGAUCCUUGCUCCCUGUGGAACUUCUUUGGUAUGAUGUUCUCCAUCUGCAUGAUCAGUAGACCUGCCAACCAGCAGCCUCAUGCAGUGCCAUUUCUCUUUAGGGGAUUACUUUGGGGCUUGUUUUAUAGUUCAUUUGUUUCAUUUAUUUUUUUUUUCCCAAGAGGUUCAUCACAAAGCUCGAGUUCUGCCAUGCUUCCGAUGAAAGGUCUAUCAGGUUAAGGCAUCCCGGGCUCACUGAAUCCCUGAGUCCAUUACAAUUGGGGACAGAAAUGAGGCCAGAAUGUCACCAGACUGGCCUCAGGCCCCAGCCACAAGCAUUCCUCAGGAAGCAUCUCACUCUGGGAGCCUAAGCUCUGCUCACAGAGAAAGAUGACAAAGAGAAAAUCGGGAGGGUGGUCUCUGUGUAGGCCUCAUGGUCUCCCCGUGCAGGCCUCCCUACUGCUCGAUUCACACCUCAUAGGUGAACUGAGCCUCCAAUAUGAGUCCCAGCAAGUCGUCGGAAUUUUUAGGUCCUCACCCGUUUUAAGACAGGAUUGGGAUGAAAUCUCCCUCUGGCGGGUCUCUGCCUCUCCUCCAAAUAGUAUGAGAUCUUUAAGAGGCAACAAAAUGCUACCUGUCAAAUGCACCUUCCAAACAGUUUACCUGGGAGACUAGUUAGCAGUUACAUUCUAGAGAAGAAGUAGGGCUGAUUGUUCUAAAAACUCCUGUACCUCCAGGAUGAACUUCUCCAGACCACCAAUGUGUAUCACAUGCCUGGAUUCUCUUUAGUGCCCGCGUCACUGUCCCUGGACGACGUCCAGGAGGGGCUGAGACCUCCAUGUCAGGGUUUCAGUGAACUAAAACAAUUACUGAUCACACACACAAAUAACUAAUGUCCAUUUCUCACUUGCUAAAUUUGCUUAAUUAUUUUGCUAGUUUUGCAAAUCCUUUGUUCUGAUGGCGAGUAGGGGCCCAGCCCUUUCUUCUGCCCCACGACCCUAGUGUUGCUGCCAUGGGCGUAAGUGGUGGCCCAGCUAAUAGGAAGCCCAGCCUUUCUGCAAGAGCUGUGAGGGCCAUGUGGCCCAGCGAUGGCCUUAACUGUCCCCACACACCUCAGAGGCCUGAACACACACCUUCAGCCACCCUGCCUUUGACCAGGGCUCCUCAUUUGGGAGCACAAUAGAAAGGUCAGGAAAGAGACGGAGGAUCUAUAUUGAACUAUACUGGUUUUUUUCUAAAUAAUAAUAACAGAUCCCAUUCACAAAGUGCUCACUAUACCCCCGACACUGCUUGAGCACUUCUCAUGUCGCUGAAUCCUCACGACAUCCUCCCCCGCCCCCCGCCUCCCCUCCCAGCCCCACCACCAAGGAAGAGCUAUUCCCGGCUCCAUUGCUCCAUUGCGGUGAUGGGGAACCGGAGGCAAAGAGCGGUCAUGCAACUUGCCCCAAAUGCCUCCCUGAGCUCCGCCUGGGCCGCGAUAGGGAUUCAGGCUGUCGGACUCGGGAGUCCUCUGCCACCCUCAGCCCUGGGCCAGUUUGCCUGUGGCAGGCAGCUGUCCCAUCUGUAAGCUCCACAGGGACCUGCCCCGCCUGGGACAGAUGUGCCCGCGGUGCACCCUUCACUCUGCAGCUGGAGCACCCUUCGGGCGCACCAGGUCUGCGGCGGGAGCCCUCCCCUGGGGCCCAGGAGUGGAGCCUGGGGGCAGACUGCAGGCCGCCUGGCUCCCCUCCCCACGUCUUUCCCUAAAAAGGCGGAAAGAUUUGUCGGGCAUUCUGGAAUGUACCUGCCUCCGAAAUGCCUCCACUUCCAGAUCGAAGGCUAGCAGAAACCUCGGCCGUGGCAUCCAUGGUCAGGGCAGGGCCUCGGGUAAAGCACCUAAAGGGACAUCCUGACCUUCCCCAGAGAGGGCGGUGCCACAGGCAGCUGGAGCCCAGCCAGUAGGCAAGGCCAAGGGGAGAGCGGUCUGUGCUGCUGCCACCGUCUUGCCCCCCGGAUUCAAGUCUGCCCACAAAACGGGCUCAGCGCAGCAUGGUGGGAGCCCAGGGCCGCGCUGCCCUCCUGCCGCGUGGUGGGGGGAGACCGGAGCCGACGGGCUGCCGCUGGAGGACAGGGAGUGGCGUCAGGGUUACCCUUCUCUGUCCGCUCCUUCUGUUUUAUUAAAAUCAAGGAGGCUCAUUCUCUCCCCUGAGCCCCUCCAGGUUUCAUCUAUUUUAUCUUUUUCUUCUCCAGUCGCACCCUUCCUCCUUCGUCCCUUCCUUCUCCUUGACCCUCUUCCUCCUCCUCUGUCCCCUUGUGUCCUCCUUGUGGCACGUGUGCUUUGCACGCACACACACUACACACACACUAUUAUGUACAUUACACAUUAUACACAAAACACACCCACAGUGUACACCUA